AUGGAGAAUAAGAAGAGUAAAGGGCGCCGAAAGAUACCAAUGAAAAAAAUAGAAAAACAAAACGACCUAUAUGCUAGCUUCUCAAAGCGCCGUAAGGGUUUAUACAAAAAAGCUAGCGAACUCGUUACAGAAUGUGACAUAGACAUUGGAAUGAUAAUUUUUUCCCCGACUGGUAAGCCUAUGUCAUUUUUUCACCCGACACUUGAUGCGGUUGUUUCUCGUUUUCAGAAUCCUGAUAUACAGUUAAGUGCAAGUGCUCAUCUAGUCACUGCUCAUACUCGAGAGAGAGUGAAUCAACUCAGUAGCAGGCUUGAAGAACUUGAUACCAUAGAAGACAUUGCAAUUGCUCAAAAUAAAUCAUAUGAUGAAGUGAUAAAAACUAGGCUGAGAGGUUGGUGGGAGUCGGUCGAGCAGCUCAAUGCAGAUGAAGUGACCGAGUUUGAAACUUGGUUAAAGAACGCUAUUUUUUAUAUGCACAAUCGUUUGAAUCAAUUGGAAAGUGGAGCUUCAUCCUCCGGGAUGUGA